AUGUCUCACCUCCUCUGUGCCUUACUGUCCCUGCUUUCCUUUGCUGCCCUACUGGAAAGUGCCCAGUGGAAACUGGAGGAAAAUGUGUUUGUCAUAGAUUCCCAGUGGGACGCCGAGGCCCCGGCCACCACCGUGGAGCUCACCUGUGCCACCCAUGAGGAGGCAGUCUACUGGAAAAAGGACUCGGAAGGGAAACAGAAAGGGAAGACUCUGAGUGUUGCGGUGAAGGAGCUCCCAGACGCCGGCAACUACAGCUGUGUGAGCGAGGAGAGCCACAGAGUGCUCAGCUCCAGCCUCCUCCUCGUCGCCAGGAUCGGCCCCGACGGGCACAUCAUGAGGGACAUCCUGAAAAGCUUUAAGGAGCCCAACAGGACAUUUUUGAAGUGUGAGGCAAAGAACUACUCUGGAAUUUUCACAUGUUCCUGGAUGACAGAAAAUAAUCCAAACCUGAAGUUCACCAUCAGAAGCCUGGAAGGCCCCCAGGGAGACGUGUCCUGCAGCAGCCCCGUGGCCCUGAGCGAGGGGGCCCUGACCACCUACACGGCCCAGUGCCACAAGGAGAACUUCUGUCCCUUUGCUGAGGAGCACCAGCCCAUUGACAUCUCCCUGGAGGUCAUUGACGAGGUGUUAUACGAGAACUACACCGCCAGCUUCUUCGUCAGGGACAUCAUAAAGCCUGACCCCCCCCAGUGUCAGUACGUGGCCACCAAUGGAACAGUGACCUGGACAUAUCCCAGGACCUGGAGCACCCCAAACUCCUACUUCCCUUUGACUUUCAAGGUCAAAGUUAAAAGCACAAAGAGACGCAGAUACCAGGUGUACGACACUGAGGAGCAGUCGGUGCAGCUGCCAGCCCCGGGGCCAGCAGAGGUGUGGGUGCAGGCCAGGGACCGCUGCUACCUCAGCUCCUGGAGCCAGUGGUCCUCGCUGUGCAGGUAA